AUGGACGAUGGCGAGGAAUUGACAGAACAGGAAACCACCCUUUACGAUCGCCAAAUCCGAGUCUGGGGUGUCGAUACUCAACGAAGGUUGAGCAAAUCUCGCGUAUUUGUCAGUGGAAUCAAAGGUACCGUUGUUGAGUUUUGCAAGAAUAUUGUACUAGCAGGAGUAGGUAGUUUGACAGUAAAUGAUGACCGUACGGUGACUGAGGAAUUGUUGUCUGCCAAUUUCUUAAUCCCUCCGGACGAGAAUGUGUAUGGUGGGAAAUCUAUUGCUGAGCUCUGUUGUGAUUCCUUGAAAGAUUUCAAUCCUAUGGUUCGUGUUUCGGUUCAAAAAGGUGAUUUGUUAAACUUCGAUGUGGAUUUCUUUGACAAGUUUGAUGUUGUAGUUGUCAGUUCUUGCUCACUUUCAACAAAGAUAUCAGUUAAUGAGAAGUGCCGCAGAUUGUCAAAACAGGUUGCAUUUUAUACAGUUGAUUGUAGAGGCUCCUGCGGUGAAAUAUUUGUUGACUUGCAGAAUUACGUCUAUUCCAAGAAAAAAUCUGAUGAAGAAUGUCUACUAGAAUACUCAAGUUUUGAGGAAGCUAUUACUAUCCCAUGGAGAACUCUUCCGAGGGGGUUGUCCAAGUUAUAUUUAGUUAUGAGAGUGAUAGAGCAGUUUGAAGAGAUAGAAGGGCGCAAUCCUGGAGAAAUUUCGUCUGCUGACCUCUUGAAUGUUCAAAGGUUGAGGAAGAAACUUUGUGAGAUAAAUUCGUUGAAUGAAUCAGAGAUCCCUGAUUCUCUUCUUCAGAGGCUGUUAGAAGAUGGUACAAGAGAAUCUUCUCCUGUUUGUGCCAUAAUUGGUGGAAUUCUUGGACAGGAAGUUAUUAAAGCAAUAUCAGGUAAAGGAGAUCCUCUCAAGAAUUUCUUCUUCUUUGAUGCAAUUGAUGGCAAAGGCAUAAUUGAAGACAUCUCUCAUGUGCAAGUGCUCGAGAUGGAAUUCAGAAUGGGAUCUGUCUUGAGUGUUGAAAAUAUUAUAGAGAUACCGUAUUAA